AAUGAUUGUUGGUUCUAUUAUGAAAAAUAAAAACGUAAAUAUACUAAAAAAUUUCCAUAAAAUACUUCAAUGAAUACGCUUAUUUAAAAUUUUUUGCACGUUAUUCGCGUAUUACGAUGGUAAAGUUACAAAAUAUAGUGAUACUAUGAAAUUCAUCACUGCUAUAAAAAACUACGUACGUGAUAUCAGUUUAUUGUGAGAACAUUUAUAUUUAUUUCAUUUAUCAAAUUCUCUAAACACUUCAACUUCCUUCUUAUAUAUUUUCAGAUCAUAACUUAUUCCUCGUGAACUGAAUAUUAAAAAUGUGCGAUUUUUUAAUAUAAUAAUGAUAUAGUCACUUAAAAUAUUCAAUCAGAGUUUAAAUCAUACAGAAAAGGAAUAUUUGAUGGUGAUUUUUUAUUGGAACCAAAGGAGAAAAUUUGGACAUGAACUGAGCUUUUUAGAAUAUUUACUAAUACGUAAGUUUUAAAGCUACUAUAAAUACCCUAAUGUCAACAUGGCAGGGGAAAAUUAAAUGCCAAUAAAGAAAGACUUCUGCCAGUCGUCUGUUUCUGACAAUAUAAAAGAAGAAAGUGAUGAACAUACUCAAGGAUUUUGUCGAAAUUGUUGUUCUUCAGUUUCACCGAUUAUUUCGCAGUCUGUUGUGACUGUCUAUGAAGAAAAAGAAUCAAUACAAGAUGAAUUACAAAGUUCCCAGUCAUCAGAUAGAAAAAACGAAAUCAAAAGGAAAGUACAAGAUAAAAAGAUUAUCAAGAAAAAGAAUGAUAGAAAGUUUUAUGCGAAUAUCUUGCCAAAAACAAACCAAAUACCAAAUGUUUCUCGUCUUAAUAUGCGAAACGUAGUGGAGAAAAGAAACAUAAAAAGCAUUGAUGAAAACACUUCAAAGGAAAAUGAUAUUGAGGACGAAAGGAUUUGGAUUCAGCAUUCCAAAUGUCAAACUAUCGAGAUUCCCAUUCUGACUCUCUACGAAGCUUUUGGAACCGUACAUGCAGAAACAUUUACAUACAUUGGUCAUGUCAGAGUCGUUGUCGAAAUUAUGCGAAACGGACUUCUGAAACGGUUCCUUGUUCCACAUGAGCGCUCAUUUGAAGGAAGAUGGCAGUUAUAUGGAAAACAUGUUUAUAUUUUCAUGGGUCAUUCUUUCAUACAACAGAAACCAAGAGCAUCUGUUUUCUCCUGUUUCGUUCUACUAAAUAAAAGUUUUCGAAUAGCAGAGGAAUGGUAUAAAUGUCGAGAUUGUAGCUAUAGCUGUCAUAGUUUAACCAGAAAUGCAGUACCAAAAGACUGUCCUUUGGCGAAGAUAUAUAGUCUGGAAAUGGAAUUUCCGUAUGAUCCUCAAGAUUAAGAAUUUCUCAAGAAAUUCAGCAACACUGAAGAGAAAAGUCAACUCUUCAGUCUGGCUCAUAAAUCCUACAGAGUUUGCUUGUGACCAUAAAUGUUAUCCAUAAAAGUGAAAGAACUUUUAUAAGAUAGGAAUCUGAAAUCGGGGAGCCUAUUGCGCAAGCAUGGAAUAACAGAAUUCAUCAUCUUCUUUUGCUUACUGAUGGAAAUAUUUAUUGCAUAAUAAGUAUAAUCUUUUCCGCAACAGGGUAAUAGAGAAGAAUGUGAGUACAAUGUAUUUUAUUUCAAUAUUAAUUAAUAAAAUAUUGAUAUCCAUAUAUGCAACUUUAACAGACUUCUAUCUGCGCUCUUCAUCAAAAAUGCAU